AGAGUGAGAUUGAAAGUAGGUGAAUUAAUCUACUCUUCAAUGAAAGCACAACUUAUAAAUCUGCUUCCCUACAAAUAAACCAAAUAUUAGUAUGUAUUGAACUAAAUCAUUAUGGUAUUAUUGUCUAGAUAAAAGAUUUAGUCAUUUUUAUCUAGGUAGCUAGUGUUUGCCUUGUUCAUGAUUUUUGUGGAGGAAAUUCAUGGUUCAAGGGAAAUUUGAAAAGGGGAAAUGCUGAUUGGAAAUGGGAUUGGGCUUCCACUUUUGGGAUUUGUAUCUUGUUUUAUAUUCAUUUACAUUGCAUAUACGGAUUUCAAAAUGGACUACAUAGAUGCAAAAGAUGAUGAUUUAAGUUUUGUUAGAACAAAUGGGACUCAGUUUAUGUUGGAUGAGAAAGCAUUUUAUGUGAACGGUUGGAAUUCUUAUUGGUUAAUGGAUCAAGCUGUUGAAGAACACAGUAGAGUGAGGGUUAGUUCAAUGUUAAAAAUUGGUGCAAAGAUGGGUUUAACAGUUUGUAGAACAUGGGCAUUUAAUGAUGGAGCUUAUAAUGCACUGCAAAUCUCCCCUGGUCAAUUCGACGAGCGCGUUUUCAAGGCACUGGAUUAUGUAAUUGCAGAAGCAAGAAUACACGGAAUUCGACUAAUUCUUAGCUUGGUUAAUGAUUUACAAGCAUUUGGAGGGAAAGCUCAGUAUGUAAAAUGGGCAUUACAAGAAGGUGUAGGCUUGAGUACUUCCAAUGAUGAGUUCUUCUCGGAUCCGUACAUUCGUAAGUACUUCAAGACUUACGCGAAGACUAUAUUGACAAGGAAGAACAGUUAUACUGGAAUUGAAUAUAAGAAUGAUCCCACAAUCUUUGCAUGGGAAUUGAUAAAUGAACCGCGGUGUACGUCUGAUCCUUCUGGUGACACUCUCCAAGAUUGGAUUAAAGAAAUGGCGGCAUUUGUGAAAUCAAUAGACAGGAAUCAUUUGGUGACAGUGGGUCUUGAAGGAUUCUAUGGUCCAGCAGAAAGCACAACAAAAUUGAGUGUUAACCCGGGAAAUUGGGCAAGCAAGUCUGGUUCUGAUUUUCUUCGAAAUUCCAAGAUAUCUAACAUUGAUUUCACCUCUGUUCAUAUAUAUCCUGAUCAUUGGUUCAAGGAUCAAACACGAGAAGAAAAACUAAAAUACGUCGAGAAAUGGGUAGUUUCUCACAUUGACGACGGUGACAGAAUCCUGAAGAAGCCUGUACUGUUUACUGAAUUUGGACUAUCAGACAAGAACAUAAAUUUUGAACAUUCUCACAGAGACACAUUUUACAAAAUGAUUUACGAUAUUGUUUAUAAAUCUGCCACGAACAAUGGAGCCGGGGCAGGGACAUUAGUUUGGCAGUUGUUGGUUGAAGGCAUGAAUGAAUACAAUGAUGAUUUCGGGAUCAUUCCGGGUAACACUUCAACCAUCUAUAGAGUCAUAACUCAACAGUCAUGCAAACUAGCAACAAUUCACAAGGCACAUUUUCAAUCAAAGAAGAUUUAUGAAGAACUUUGCUUUUAAGUAAAGAUUUAUAUUAUUGUUGAAAAGAGAUUAGUGUUGCCUCAGUUGAGUUACUUCUCAUUGCCAAUUAAUGUCAAGUAUAUGAUUGAGGUGUUAGAUUUUUGCUAUUAUUCGCUAUCUAGCUAGGUAAAUUACGCGUAAAGUGACAUGAAAAGUAUGUGCACGGCAAAGAUCCUCCUGGGGAAAAAAUGUACUCUUAAACCCAUAUGAUAAGCACAUUUAACAA